CUUAUGUUCUCGGCUUUUAGUAGAAUUAAUUAGGGGCAUGCAGGCCGGCCGACAGACAAAGAUUUCUCUUUUCUCUGAAGAAGAGAUCAGGGUUGUUAAUGGAGGCUAAUAAUAAAGGUGGGGAAAUUAGAAGAGUUCAUAUUCUUUACUUUCUUAGCCGGAUGGGACACGUGGAGCAACCUCAUCUCAUCCGUGUUCAUCAUCUCGCCGCCGCCACCGCCACCGCCGUCGCCGGCGUUUUCCUCCGAGAUGUAAAGAGGUGGCUAGGGGAAUUGAGAGGGAAGGAGAUGCCAGAAGCCUUCUCAUGGUCAUACAAAAGAAAGUACAAAACAGGCUACGUUUGGCAAGACCUGGUGGAUGACGAUCUCAUAACUCCAUUUUCUGACAACGAAUAUGUCCUCCAAGGAUCUCAAAUAAUUCAAUUUCCCWCUCUAUUUCAUAAUUCUGGCCUCACUUGUUCCUCCUCUAAGCAGAGGAAAAAUUCAGUGUUCAGAUCAGAUGAAUUGGAACCCACUCGAGAUUUUCCGGCCAAACUGCAAAUGAAUGGAGAAUCGCCGCSGUGCGAUUCGGAGAGAUCGACGGUCACAGACGACGGUGAUUCCAUCAAGGUUGAAGAAGAAACCAAGAAUUUUUUGGAGACAGCAAAACAGGGAAUAGGAGUAGAAGAAAUUGAGGGAUUCAACAACCAAUAUUCUUCGUUAUAUGAGAAAUUGAAGGAGGAGAAAUAUAUAGAGAAAGACAAAAUGGAGAAAGAAGGUGGACCCACUGCCACGUCAACAGUUUCAUCAUCGUCGUCAUCAUCAUCUUCAUCUACUCAUCCUGCUUUCACGAAGAGCAAGAGCUACUCGAGCGGAGCUUCCCACGUGCUUCGCCAAUGGAUCACGUGCGGCGCCGUGGAUACGAACGACACCGUUUUGAUCAAGAACCGAUCUGCCGCCAAAGAUCCACCGAAUCUGCCGGAGAAACCCAAAAACGACGCCGUUAUUUGCAGAGACGACAUGUUGGGCGGCUCUGCCCGAGUUCUCCGAAGUUCUUGGGACGGGCAGCUCGAUAUCCACCGCCACAACAACCAACAAAACUCUCGGAAAAGCUUCGAUGAAUUAAGGAAGAAGAGGCCGAAGGAAAGCGGCGGGAGAAAGGUGGCGGCGGCGACGGCGGCUUUCAAGGCGAUGGGCGGACCGAACUGCUCGCAAUGUGGGAAGAGUUUCAAGCCGGAGAAGAUGCACGCACACAUGAAAUCGUGCAGGGGGCUCAAGUCUCUGCUCAAGACUCCUUCAACUUCCAACAAAACGACAUCGUCUAAGUCAACCACCACAACAACUUCCCACAACUACUUUUUGACCAACUGAACCUUCCAUCACUUUUCAACACUA